CCUUCCAGCUCUCAAGUCACAUCUCCAGUACAGACACAACCCCUGUGAUUAGAGGCUGAUCUCCCCAUCUGAAUGGGACAGAGAGAGGAGGGACCCAAGAAAUAGAUUGACUCCCCACCCUCCCCCCACCCGCCCCAGAGACUUCCAUUGAGGAAAACGGAACAGGAGAAGGGGCUGAAGGAAGAAGAAGCAGAUCCCCCCUCCUUUAUACGAUAAGAGGGAAGAAAGCGGCAAAGCCUUUGGAAGGAGAAAAGUAUGAUCAUGCCUGAACUGUGUUAGUGCUUUCUUCUCCCUCUGUCGGCUUCUUCUCCUUCUCCUCUCUCUCUCUCUCUUUCUCUCUUUGUCUCCGAGGUGUUUAACUUUGGGGGACCUCGGGCUGCCCGGGAGCUGGAGGCAUUUCUGCUCCAGGGAAGCAGGGAAGAAGCUGGACGAAGCGGCAGGAGCGGCGGCGGCGGCGGCGGCAGGAGCAGCAGCACAGAGGCAGCCACAUGCUCCAAGUGGGGGGUGUUAAAAGUUGAGACUCGAUUCCAAGUGCUGUAGAUCAAAACAGGUGCUGCUAGCAAGUCAUGAUGGUUGAAUCUGCUUCGGAGACAAUACGUUCCGCUCCCUCCAGUCAGAAUGGGGUCAGCAGUCUAAACAAUCCAACUGAUGGAGGUGGAGGUGGCGGUGGUGGUGGAGGAGGAGGAUGUGGAAGAGAGGGAGGAGCCAGUGGAGAAACCAAUGGAGAGAUGAGCCCAGUGGAACUUCUGCAUUUUCAGCAGCAACAGGCUCUCCAAGUGGCACGACAGUUCCUUCUGCAGCAGGCAACAGGGCUGACCUCUCCCAGCAGCAAUGAAAAUAAGCAGCCAGCCGUCCAGGUCCCAGUGUCUGUGGCCAUGAUGUCUCCUCAGAUGAUCACCCCACAGCAGAUGCAGCAGAUCCUUUCUCCACCCCAGCUCCAGGCCCUGCUGCAGCAGCAACAAGCAAUUAUGCUGCAACAGUUGCAGGAAUAUUACAAGAAGCAACAGGAGCAGCUUCAUCUGCAGCUACUGACUCAACAGCAAGCUGGAAAGCAGCAAGCCAAAGAGCAGCCAUUAGGGAAUAAGCAGCUGGCAUUCCAACAACAGCUACUGCAGAUGCAGCAGCUGCAGCAGCAGCACCUGUUAAACCUCCAGCGACAAGGGCUGGUCAGUUUACAGCCAGGACAAGGCACCGUUCCUCUGCAGACCCUUCCACAAGCUGUUUGUCCCUCAGACCUUCAGCAGCUGUGGAAAGAGGUUACUGCUACUCAGCCUGUAGAAGACAGUAUCAAGCAAGAGGGACUUGACCUCACCACCAACACAUCCAAUUCUACCUCGUUUUCGGCCGCCAAGGUCUCUCCUCCAAUUUCCCAUCACCCCCUCCCCAAUGGACAGAACGCCAUGCUUGCACAAAGGAGGGACAGCUCUUCUCAUGAGGAGACCUCUGGCUCCCACCCUCUGUAUGGACAUGGAGAGUGCAAGUGGCCUGGUUGUGAAACCCUCUGUGAGGACUUGGGACAGUUUGUCAAACACCUCAAUACAGAACAUGCACUUGAUGACCGGAGUACGGCUCAGUGUCGAGUUCAAAUGCAAGUGGUACAGCAGCUGGAAAUACAGCUAGCUAAAGAGAGCGAGCGUCUCCAGGCGAUGAUGGCCCACCUCCAUAUGAGACCUUCAGAGCCAAAGCCCUUCAGCCAGCCUCUGAACCUGGUUUCCAGUGCCACCCUCUCCAAGAGCACUUCCGAUACUUUCCCAGAUGGAUUACCUCAUCCCCCCACCUCUGCAACCGCGCCCAUUACUCCAUUGCGGCAGGGUCCUUCUGUCAUCAGCUCAUCCACUUUACACAGCGUAGGGCCCAUUCGCAGGAGGAACUCGGAGAAGUUCUGCACGCCCAUCUCCUCAGAACUUGCACAGAAUCAUGAAUUUUACAAAAAUGCAGAUGUCCGCCCCCCCUUCACAUAUGCGUCACUUAUCCGGCAGGCUAUCCUCGAGACACCGGACAGGCAGCUAACAUUGAAUGAAAUCUACAACUGGUUCACGCGGAUGUUUGCCUACUUCAGGAGAAACACAGCUACCUGGAAGAAUGCUGUACGCCACAACCUGAGCCUGCACAAGUGCUUUGUCCGAGUGGAGAAUGUCAAGGGCGCUGUCUGGACUGUAGAUGAACUCGAGUACCAAAAGAGAAGGCCACCAAAGAUGACAGGGAGUCCAACUUUAGUCAAAAACAUGAUUUCUGGCCUUAGUUAUGGAGCACUUAAUGCCAGCUACCAGGCAGCCCUGGCUGAGAGUAACUUCCCUCUUCUGAACAGCCCCACUAUGAUCAACACAAGCUCCACUAGUGGCAUGCUACAUGUUGGCCAUGACGAUGUGAGCAGCACUGUGGAGCAAGUCAACAGCAAUGGCAGUAAUAGCCCCCGGCUUUCACCACAGCAGUACAGCCAUCAAGUCCAUGUGAAGGAAGAACCAGCUGAGACCGAAGAUGACAGCAGACCUGUUUCUCUCAUGGCCACAACCAAUCAGAAUGUGACGAUUCCUGAUGACAGAGACCUGGAGGAGGAGCUGCCAGUGGAAGACUUGUCUUAAGGGGCUCUCCCUUCUCAGCUAGGGCCCAGCACUUCCCCAGAGACAAAGCAAUGGCUCCCACCUCCUCAAGGUGACCUUCAGCGUUAUCUUGUUUAAGGCACUUCUGCAAAGCAAAAGGGUUCCGUGGGUCUACCCUUGCUGAAGGCACACUCUUUGUACCCCUCCUUUACAUCCCAGUGACUCUUAACAGACAUUCACAGAGGGGGAUGUGCAAAGAAACAAAAACCAGAGUUGAGCAUUUCCUCUUUUUUUCUUUUUCUUUUUUUUUUAAAUUUGUAAUUGGUAAACGAGGAUGGUAGAUUGUUUCUGUCCGAAGACUUCUUUGUCUCCCCCUCCCCCUUCCAUCACCCCACCUUCAUGGGGAUAAAAAAGAAGGUGUCUCGUA